AUGGUACUGCAACGCCUUGACAGCUGUGGACUGACGCUCAACCCUAAGAAAUGUUGCUUCUCCCAGUCCGAAUUGACAUUCUUCGGACACAUCUUUUCAUCAACAGGCAUCAGGCCCGACCCUACAAAGGUCCAGGCCGUGGUGGAAAUGUCAUCACCAAACAACCCAUCAGAAGUGAGGAGCCUCCUGGGCAUGAUAACGUAUUGUGGCAGAUUCAUAACCAACCUCGCAAACUUGACAGCACCUCUUCGCAAACUCACAAGAAAAGAUGUGGAAUGGAAAUGGACAGAUGCCCACCAAACAGCUCUCAACAAGCUGAAGGAAGCCCUCACAGGUAGCCGUGCUCUGGCCUAUUUUGACAGCAAGAAGACAACUCAUCUCACUGUUGAUGCGGGCCCAGAAGGUCUAGGAGCCAUACUGGCACAAGAGGAUGGUGGCGAUAUUCAAAUCGUGGCCUAUAUAAGCCGCGCCCUCACCAGUGCAGAGCGCAACUAUUCCCACAUUGAAAAGGAGACUCUAGCUCUCGUGUGGGGAAUUGAGCACUUCAAUAUCUACUUGUAUGGGACCCAUUUCGUGCUCCACACUGACCACAAACCUUUGGUCAGCAUCCUGGCCAACCCUGCUGCUCGAACAAGGACAGCGAGCUACCUGCGGCGACCGGCGGAAGCCAUGGUGGCCAUGGUCGCCGGGCCCAACUUGCAACCGCCACCCCAUUUCGACUUCGAGAACCCAGCGGCUUGGCAGAGGUGGCGUCAACAGUUCGACGACUACAGUUUUGCGACGGGUCUUCAUGCGGCGGACGAUGAAGUUCGCGUCAGAACGCUGCUAUACUGCAUGGGCACCAGGUCACGGGACAUUUUGUGUUCAUUGCAAGUACGGGACGAAGACUAUUCAAAGUACAGCGUCAUCGUUGGUAAGCUGGACGGAUACUUACACCCCGCCAACGAGCUCUACGAGAGCGCACGGUUCCACCGACGUGUUCAACAGGCAGGCGAGACAGCUGACGCGUUCUUCACGGCACUGGGAAAUAUGGUGAAACGAUGCAAUUACUCUGCACGGGACAUAGAGGCGCGACUGGUCCGCGACCGUUUUAUCGUUGGCCUUCGUGACACGAAGUUAUCAGAUAAGCUCUGCCGCAAUCCAAAGCUUACGUUAGAUGAAGCGCGUAUUUGUGUCCGUCAGGCGGAAGACGCAGAGAAGGAAAGGGCAAAUCUUUCAGCAUGUUCGCCAGCGGUGAUAACGCAUCAUGAAUCGAUAAACGUGGACGCGGCAAAAGUCAUGCAGAACCGCCCACAGCAGCGAGAGACGCGCAACGCAGCUGCCCCAUGGAUGCAUGCUUCUUCGCCUUGUGGAUUUUGUGGCCGGUCCUUACAUUUGCGCUCAGAAUGUCCCGCACGCCGAGCAACCUGCAACAAAUGUGGAAAAAAGGGCCAUUUCGCAGUGGUUUGCCGGGCUAGCAAGCAACUUUUCGUUGUGGAAUUGGAUGCUGUCGGUUCGAACAGCGAAGAGCGGGCCAAGUUCGUGCAUAUAAAAGUGGACGGAACGCCUCUACGCUUCAAAGUUGACAGCGGCGCCGAGGUCACAGUCGUCCCCAGUACAUUUUCUGGAAUUCCGCCAUAUCUUGAGCCGCCGGAAGGUGAACUUUCAGGACCGGCGGGACAACCGCUGGACGUGCUGGGAACGUUUACCGCCACUCUGCAAUGGAAGAACAAGUCGGCAACGCAACGACUUUACGUGCUUCGGUCACAGGUCAUGCCACUUCUGGGAUUUCCUGCUAUCCAAGAGCUGGGUGUGGUCAAGUUCGUGGAUCCGGUGGUCGAGACGCAAGGCAACCAGGCGGCAUCAGACAAGCUGUUCUGUGGUUUGGGCGAGCUGCAAGAAGCGUACACUAUACGCCUAAAACCAGAUGCUGUCCCCUAUUCGCUGCUGGUCCCAAGACGUGUGCCCAUCCCUCUACACGGUGUCGUGAAGGCGGAGCUUGACAGGCUUGAAGCGGAGGGCGUGAUCAGACGCGUUAGAAAGCCUACUCCGUGGUGCGCCGGUAUGGUCGUCGUACCGAAGGCAUCCGGUUCAUAUCGCAUCUGCGUCGACCUCACCAAGUUAAACCAGGUAGUGUUGCGUGAGCGCCAUAUCUUGCCCACCGUAGACCAAGUUUUGGGACUACUGGGUAAUGCUAAGGUGUUCUCGAAGCUUGACGCUACAUCAAGUUUUCAUCAAGUAAAACUGGCAGAAGAUUCUGAAGAAUUAACAACAUUCAUAACGCCGUUUGGACGGUAUUGCUACCGUCGACUGCCAUUCGGGAUAACGUCCGCCCCCGAGUACUUUCAGCGCCAAAUGAGUUACAUUCUCGAGGUUCAAGAAGGCGUCGUAAACAUGAUCGACGACAUUUUGGUUAUUGACCGCGACCGUGCAGAACACGACAGCCGGCUCCAAUCAGUGCUGGCUCGACUGAGAAACGCCGGGCUGACCCUGAACAAGUCGAAAUGUCAAUUCGGCGUCACAAGCGUCAAGUUCCUCGGCGUAGUUAUCUGCGGCAGCGGUAUUUCGCCGGACCCAGACAAGCUUGCUGCUGUCAAGAGCAUGGAACCUCCAGUCGACGUCGGUGGCGUCCGCAGACUAUUGGGCAUGGUAAACCACGUGGGACGGUUCUUACCCCAUCUGUCAGAGGUGACGGCACCCAUUCGAGGACUGCUCAACAAAAGAAGUGACUGGGCGUGGGGACUGGCCCAGCAGGUCGCCUUCCAAAAGUUGAAAGACAUGAUGUCGUCCAACAUCUGCAUGGCUAACUACCACCCACUGUACCCGACCAUCGUAUCCGCUGAUUCCAGUUCGUUUGGCUUAGGUGCCGUUUUGCUACAAGACCAACCGAGCGGAGAGCGCAGAGCCGUGGCCUACGCAUCACGCUCCCUCACACCAACAGAACAAAGGUACAGUCAAACGGAAAAGGAGGCCUUGGCAGCUGCAUGGGCUGUCAAGCGGUUUGACGAGUAUGUCCGGGGCUUACACUUCACCAUCGAGACCGAUCACUUGCCGCUCACGUCCUUGCUUGGUUCCAUGGAUGUCGAUGCUUUACCACCAAGGAUCCAAAGGAUUCGACUGAAACUCAUGAGGUACCAGUACACGGUAUUGUACGUUCCAGGGAAGCUGCUGGCAGCGGCUGAUACCCUCUCAAGAGCCCCCGUCACAUCAGCGUCUCCAGCAGAAGGAAACCAAGUAGAGUUGUACGUCAGUGAGGUCGUCGGCAACAUCGUGGAAGGCGCACCAGUUAGCCUUAAAGCAGUUCGUCAGCACCAUUUGAUGGAUGGCGAGUGUGUUACCCUCGUGAAGUACUGCAGGUACCCGGCCAAGCUGUCACCGGACCUACCACGACCAGACGUCGUCUUCCAAAAGGACGCCGCGGCUAAGGAAAGGCAAACUCGGGACUUCAACCGUCGGCACGGGGCGAGAGUGCUCCGGGACCUCUCUUCAGGAGAAGAAGUGUGGUCUCCCUUCCGAGCUCGAGCCCAAACCAGGAGCUCAGACUCAGCCAAGAGGAACCAUCACAUGGCCAGCACGAUACGAGUACCGGCGCAGACCCUGACAGCAUACCCCACAAGGUUACCAGAUCCGGAAGGCGUGUGGUCCCACCCAACAGACUGA